AUGAUCAAGAGACUGGGUCAUGUGGAAGAGGCAUUAGCUGUGUUUGGCUUGGCCCAGAAAGCAGGAAUAGUGGAUGGAAGAUGCAAUGCUUGGUAUAAGGAAAAAUUUCAUCAUUCAAGUUAUCGAAAAACUGCUGGAGCACAUUCUAGUUUGGAGACUGCAGAAAUUCUGGCAGCAGAGGAAGUCUUCACUCUCCUCAGCUUCAGAGAGGGUUUGAGGUCACCUCUCUUCACUCUAACAGGCCUCCCAGGGCUUGAAGACUCCCAACACUGGAUGUUCCUUCUCCUUGGAGUCCUCUACACUGUCUCUAUUGUGGGAAAUAGCCUAAUUCUCUUCAUUGUCAAAGAGGAGCAAAGUCUGCACCAACCCAUGUACUAUUUCUUGUCCCUGCUUUCAGUCAAUGAUCUUGGUGUGUCCUUGUCCACACUGCCCUCAGUGUUAGCCACUUUCUGCUUCCAUACCCAGGAGAUUGCAUUUGAUGUCUGCAUGGCACAGAUGUUCUUCAUCCACCUCUUCUCUUUCAUGGAGUCUGGGAUCUUACUAGCCAUGAGCUUUGAUCGUUAUGUGGCUAUCUGCAACCCACUGAGAUAUUCUACCAUUCUCACUGAUGCUCGAGUUGCACAAACAUGCCUGUUCAUUGGUAUCCGAAGCUUCUGUGUGGUUUUUCCUUUGCCCUUCCUUCUGAAGCGUCUGCCUUUCUGUAAAGCCAACAUCUUGUCCCAUGCUUACUGCCUUCACCCAGACCUGAUCCGUCUACCCUGUGGGGAUAUUACUAUCAAUAACAUCUUUGGUCUCGUUGUCAUCUGUACUUUUGCCCUGGAUUCUGCACUCAUCCUCCUCUCUUACCUUCUCAUCCUCCGCUCUGUGCUGGCCAUUGCCUCCCAAGAAGAGCGGCUUAAAACUCUCAACACUUGUGUGUCUCACAUAUGUGCAGUACUUAUUUUCUAUGUGCCCAUGGUGGUAUCCAUGGUUCAUCGAUAUGGGAGAUAUGCACCACCAUAUGUGUAUACACUAAUGUCCCUUGUCUACCUCUUUGUCCCUCCCAUGCUCAAUCCUGUCAUCUAUUCCAUCAAGACAAAGGAGAUCCGUAGAAGGCUUAUCAGGGUAUUCUCUAUGAUUGAAUGCUGA